CAUAGGUUGAUGGAGCAGACGGGAGGGGGGGAAUGAAAUAAUAAAAACAUUUACGUGCGGUUUACGUGCGUUUCUCCUCGCUGCUCCCGUGUGAGACGAAUUCCGAGAGUAAAGGAGGGAGGGUGCUCUGCUGCAGCUCACCGACUUAUCUUUGUCACGACAGCUGUGCGCGCAGGCGGGCGGGUCCUGCAAAUCUUUUUUCUCUCAACCACCACCUGAAGGUCUGCAUCAGUUGGAGUAAAAAUUCCCGACUGUAUACCAGAAGAUGGAAGGAAAGGAAAAGCAGGUAACAGGUUAUCUCCUGUUCUCUCUCGGCACGGCUGUCAUCGGAUCUCUGCAGUUUGGUUACAACACGGGAGUCAUCAACGCUCCGGAGCAGAAACUGCGAUCUUUCUUCAACGAUACCUGGGUAGAGCGUUAUGGCGUGCCCAUCACGCCGGGGGUCUGCACCAUCGUCUGGAGCGUCUCCGUCGCCAUCUUCAGUGUGGGCGGCAUGGUGGGCUCCUUCAGCGUGGGCGUCAUGGCAAACCGUUUUGGCAGGCGUCGCUCCAUGUUCCUGGUGAACAGCCUGGCGGUGAUCGGUGGCCUCCUCAUGGGCUUCUCCACCAUCUGCUCGUCCUAUGAGAUGGUGAUCGCCGGUCGCCUGGUCAUCGGCCUCUUCUGCGGUCUCUUCACCGGCCUGACCCCCAUGUAUGUGGGCGAGGUGUCACCCACGCCCCUCCGUGGGGCCUUCGGCACUCUCCACCAGCUCGGUGUGGUGGUGGGCAUCCUGAUCGCUCAGAUCUUUGGUCUGGAGGCUCUGCUGGGCUCAGCCAAGCUGUGGCCCCUGCUGCUGUCCCUCACGGUGGCCCCGGCUGUGCUGCAGUGCAUCCUGCUGCCCUUCUGUCCAGAGAGCCCUCGCUUCCUGCUCAUCAACCUGAAACAGGAGGAGGAAGCACGCAAAGCGCUGGUGCGCCUGCGCGGUAGCGAGAACGUGAGCAAAGACCUGCAGGAGAUGAAGGAGGAGAGCGCCAAGAUGGCCAUGGAGAAGAAGGUGACCAUCCUCGAGCUCUUCCGCUCGCCGGCGUAUCGACAGCCACUCCUCAUCGCCGUCAUGCUGCAGCUCUCCCAGCAGCUGUCAGGGAUCAACGCUGUGUUCUACUACUCGACGGGCAUCUUUGAGUCAGCCGGCGUGAAGCAGCCCAUCUACGCCACCAUCGGAGCAGGCAUCGUCAAUGUCGUCUUCACCGUGGUUUCUCUCUUCCUGGUGGAGAAGGCGGGACGAAGGACGCUGCACCUCCUGGGAUUGGGAGGAAUGGCGAUCAGCGCUGUGCUCAUGACCAUCUCCCUCCUGCUGAAGGACAUUCCCGUUAUGAGCUACAUGGCCAUCGUCGCCGUCAUGCUGUUCGUGGCCAUGUUUGAGAUGGGCCCCGGUCCCAUCCCGUGGUUCAUUGUGGCCGAGCUGUUCUCCCAGGGGCCCCGCCCCGCCGCCAUGGCUGUGGCCGGAUGCUGCAACUGGACGGCCAACUUCCUGGUUGGAAUGAGCUUCCCCAAACUAGUGGAGUGGUGCGGGCCUUGGGUCUUCCUCAUCUUCACGGCCUUCCUCGUCCUCUUUUUCAUCUUCACCUACCUCAAAGUCCCGGAGACGAGGGGCAAGACCUUCGACGAGAUCGCCCGCAGUUUCGGCAGCCCGCCUCCCAACUCCUCGUUUGUGGAGGACCCACCCGCCAGCGCCAGCACCGCCACAACACUCCCCUCCUCUCCGGUGAAGGAGAAGGUCCCGUUGGUGGAGGCGGCGGUGCCGGCGCCGGCGGCAGCUCAGCCUCCCGCCUCUGAAAGCGCGCCUCUUGAGGAUAAAGCAAACUCGACGGCGCAGGAGAGUGUAGAGCAGCUGUAGAUUGAGUUUUAAUGGGUUUUAACAGAAGGAGGAAUCACAGAGAUUUUAAUAUAAACUAGAGCUACCGAGAACAACAGCAUCAUCAACUUAUAGGCUUUGACCUUCAAAAUGUCAUGCUUUCUGCUUUCCUCUUUAGACUUUUUCCUCCUUCUUUUAAAUCCUCCGUCCCGUCACUGUUAAAGGGAAGCUCUCACUGUACACCACUACAGAUUUAACCUACUGUACAUUCCUAGGAAUUAAGCUACAUUCAUUCAAAGGGUGAGUCUUUUGCAAGACAGCCGUGUGUCUAGUCAGGGUGACGCUUUUGUCCAACACGGCAAAAUUCCCAGGCUGUGUUAAAGGAGCGCUGCUACUACCGGGUCCAGGUCAAAGGUCCAUCGCUGCAGAGUGUGCUGACUAGGACGCAUGCCUUUGUGCAUGUGUUUCCAGACGCGGAUUGGGACGAUGCAAAUUCUCGUGUUCCUGUUUUUAAAGUGUAGACGGGUGUUUUAGUGAGUACUUUAGUGCAGUAUACCUUUGUAGUUUCAUCCAGUGAUGUUUAACUAUCAUUCUUGGUGUUUUUUCGGAAAGUGUACUCAAAUCACAGGUCUAAGAAAAGGGAUUCUUAAAAUGUUCGCUCCGCCUUCAGCCGUCGACUAUGAGCUUUUCUUUUAGCAAUGCCAAAGUUCUGAACUCUCGGUGAACACACGUCGCCUCAGAUGUUUCCUCUGGUUGUUAACUUCAGGGUGAGAAGAUGAGCAGCCGGAGUUUAUUUUUAUUUUUCCUGCUUGUUGUUGGAUUAUCAGCUGAUGAAGUCCAGUUCUACAUUUAUUACAUUAUUUCUUUUUAAAUUGAUGUUUGUUAAAAAAAAAAAAUCAUGAACUCGUCAUUGGUUGAAUUUCUAUUGUGAUUUAUGAAGAGGUAAAUAUAUAGAGGCCAAAAUACGUUGUUAAACCUUAAUAUUGCUUUACUGUAUUGGAACAAUGAUGGUAAACUCAUGACUGUGACGGGGACCUGUGGACAAAAAGAUGUCUGAAUUGUUUUAAUGUAGAUUACAGUCGGGUAACGAGCAAUAUACAUUUUAUUUUGUCCAUGAAGCGAUGAGUAUUUAUUACCUUAGAAAUAGAUUUUUGGAUAAAGUAUAUAAUUAUAAUACAUUAAAGCUAGUUAAGAAUCAUAAUGCUUUCCAGCCCCGAGUGAAGGAAAGAGUCUGCAGUGAGCUCUACCUGCUGUGGUGGAUCUCGUUUCUCUCUAUUUAGAUGCACUUUGUUAACAAGCAGCAAAACGAGCAUUAGAGCCACAAUCACUAAACUGUAUUCACCCGAGACACUGCGUGUACGUCUGGCCAAGCUGUCGUUAGAGUAGAGUCGUAUAAGAUGUGCAAUCGAUAAAGAAACUGCAGCUUGAACACUGUAGGAGCUGACAAUGAAAAAAGGAAACUAAAGGGGAAGUGCUAAUACUGUAUACACAACAUUUUAAUGGAAGAACAACUUGAACAAUUCCUGUCGUUUCAUUAGAAUAACUAAUGUGGCUGAUUCAUAUUUACAGGGAGAAAUGGCAAUCAACGUUGUGUUGACCUCAUGAUAAUACGAGAUAAUCGUUUAGUUUGUUAAAUCAAAACGUGUCAUUCCAAAAGGAGAUAUCCUCCUUUAAAUAAAUGACUGGCAGCACAAUAUUAAUAAGUCAUGGUAGCUUCAUAACAUCAAUCUGAGGCACCUUGAAUUUAACAGAUGAAAGUUUAGUCUUCAAAUAAUAUUCAAAAUCAGAGUUGAUCUUUGGCGAGAAUCACAAUUCUGCCUUCAAGUCUUAUUAUUUUCAGAUACUACGUUAUUAUGAGGUAUUUAGUCAAAGCAUUGAGAACAUUUCUCAUUAUUUUGAGAGAUGAGCUUCCAUAGAAACAUGUUAAUGUAUCGUUUGUGAGUGAAUCAGAGGCUUCCGCUGCGUUUCUGGCUUUGUCCGUCGGUCCAGACGUUCUCUACGUCGUGACGCUUUCUCUCAACAGUCGGCCAUGUUGUCAACAUUUACAUAUUUAUGCAUCACCAACAUUGCAUUACGUACAGUGUGUUUGUUUGGUGUGUAAGUGUAUGACACAAAGUAUAUUUUCUAUAUUUUGUAGUGACUGUAGCUGUGAAAAUAGCUUUUUAAAACGACAGUAAUUCACGCUGCACUUUGAAAACAUGUUUAUUUAUUCACGCUUUAUUUAUUUUUUGGGGAAGAUAUUAGUCUGUGGUUGACGCCAGGUUGUUUCAUCUGUUUCAAACCCUUGUGGACAAUAUAAGAUAACUGGUUUGUCAAAAACCUGCCCGGUAACGAGUGAAUCAGGGAUUACAAAUGAAUCUCACACACUUCAGUGGCAGACUGGUUUGGUUUGAGAUUUGGUGACUUGACAUCCAGAUUAUAGAUGUUUUUGGAGUUUGAACGAGUCGAGACAAAUAAUAAUAACAUUGUCUUUCAACUGCAAACCUGUCUGGUGUGAACGCACUCUCAAAGACAAAGGGAAUUCAGCGAAUCAACCAUAGCCAUCUACUUUAUGCAUACAAAGAUAUAGAAGAGUAUUCAUUUGUAAAUAUGUAUUUUUAAAAAAAGAUUACUAUUUCUAUGUUGACCUGCAUGGUGACACGUGUGUGUUGGGAUUAUUCUUCCUUUGGGGUGCAUGUGUUUGUUGUGUAGGGCGGGACAUUUAGGGGAAUACCUCUUUACAUCUGUAGCUGUUUCUUCUGUGAACAAGAUCACUGACUGACACUUCCGUCUCCUCUCUUUUCAUUUCCACGUCUUUCUCAUCACUCACUCACAGCCGUGUACGUUUAUCUGUGCGCCUGAUCAGAUCACACUCAGAGCUGCUGACAGCAGUUGAUUUAUUUCAGGUUUUUAACAGUGUGAAGAGCCGAGGAGUGAACCCCAAAGUCAGCGUCUUUUCACUUCAAACCGCUUCUUCUUCAGCCGAAUAUGGCUGCUGAUUAAAUCUGCAACAAAUACAAACUUCUGCUUUCAAACCCGGCUCUGAAAUGAACCACUUAGUGUCACAGGCUUGUCUCACAAUCAACACGCUUUGGCUGAUCGUUUGUUUGUGUAUUAUUUGUUUGCUCCUGAUCCGUGUGUUACAGUUGUGUGAGUAAAUGUUUGGGUAUAUCGCGUACUGUAAGUCUGCUGUUUGUGCCUCUCUGCAGCUCACAGACUGUUAUUCUGUGUGUGUGACCGGAGGGCUUUUAGACUCAAACAACCAUCGUCUGUACGCUUUGCUGUUCGGCAGCAGGUGACUGAGACGAGACUCCGUUACUGUCAGGAUGUACUAACUCGACUCUGCUCAUGAGUUUUGGGUGAUUAACCGCAGCUUUGGUUUGUGUAAUGUGAUGGACAUGAGCUGGUAACCACUGUAGCUUCAGUGUGAAUAUUUCUCUCUGUGCCACGCUUCCCAACUGUUUCUGUUUCACCUGUGUUUGUAUUGUACAUAGCAGAUAUAAUGUUGUUAAAUAAAAUAGUCAUCAUGUCACGACACAUGGUGUGAAUGUGUA